UGCAAAGCGGCUUUCUUGCGGCGCGGAACACAUCGGAACCGAGCGUAGAGCGUAGAAUACGUUAAGAAACGAAGCGUAGACAUUGUGCCGAUUGCCACGCCAAAGAAAUUGGUGCUAAGAAACCCAAAGCCCCCUUUUAAGACCUCCCCGAAAAAUAAGUGCACAAAAAUAAAGAAAUCAAAAGUUCCUACGUAAGUGUGAUCGCUGAUCAAGAUGCUCACCAAGCAACCAGACUACACAAUCUCUGAGCUGGGCUAUCCGCAGUGGCAGCAGCAGCUUUGUGAAGAUAGACUCUACAAAAAGUGCCGCCCACCACCGCCUAGAACCAGUUAUGGACACAGUUCCAGCCAUUGUUCCAGUUCAAAUUCCAGCCCCAGUUCGACUUCCAGUUCCAAUCUUAACCGUCUGCUGCCAUUGCGAGAAACGCUGGAUGAUUACUACAAGCGUCUUUUGCUGAGUGAACACAGGGCCAGAGUGGAGAAUUGUAAUGCAAGUCGGUGCAGAGACUCGGAUGAUUUUGUGGCGCAGCAGAAGAGACACAAGAAUCAAUGGAAUGUUCAACAACAGCGUGCCAACAACAAUCACAGACGCAGCAAUCAAAACAGUCGAGAUAAAGCACAAGCAAUAACAGAAGCAACAACAACCACACCGACAACAACAACAGCAACGAUGAAGGCAACCUUGGUGACUUGCGAUUUGAAUAGUUUUUGAUUGUGAAAGAUCGCUGGAGAAUCCUUUCCUCAGAAACUGAACUACAAUUUACGGGACUGUUUAAACGUGCUAAAUUUAACAAUUUAAACAUUGUGCAUAGACAUUUAAGCAUAAAUUCUAAGUAAAUCAAAAGUAAUAACACUUAAUUUAAUUGCAUGCCACGCAGUUUGCAUGCAAAAACAAUAAUAAAACAGCAAAAACAACAAUAAAA